AUGUUUUUCUACCCUACUGUGCUCAAUCAUCGGACUGGGCGAUUUGCCACGAUAUGGUUGGCUGCCACUAAAGGACGAAAGAUAAGUCGGAGAGAUCUACUCAAAGUCAAUGUCCAUAACACCUGCAACGACAUCAUGGAUUUCGUGUUGGUCAGAGUCCCGCCCCCUAUGGCAGGAUUGCCCCGCCCCCGUUUCUCCCUGUACCUCUCCUCUCAGCUGCAGUAUGGAGUCGUGCUGGUCUUCCACAGACAGUGUGAAUUUUUAUUAGAGGACACUCAGGGGGCGAUUGACAAGCUGCUUCGUCUAAACCGAAAGGCUAACAUUGAUUUGAUGGAGGAGGAUACCAGGCAAAGUCACAUGAUCCCAGAUGCUGUUGCCUUAUUUGAUGAGACCGAGGGUGCGAGAGAUCCGUUCUUUGGGAUCAUGGAGUACGGACUGCCAAGUCCAAGCAGCUUAAUACAGAGACGAGAAAAGGUUUUACUAGAGUCUGUCCCGCCUGCUAGAGAGCCAUCGCCACCUUCAGAUGGCAUCACGGCGAGCCAGGAGUCCAUCACUCUGACAGAACCAGAGCCACUCAUCAUGCCUGAGCCACAGUUUGAAGGAGCAGAUCUGCAGGAGGCCAACAUGAUCGAACUACUGCUGGAGCAGCCGGAUCACUUUCUUGAGCGUGAAGAUGAGAGACAGAUGGAGAUAGACAGAGACAGAGAGCGAACAGAGGAGGACAGAGAGCUGAUGGUGUCUGAGGAAAGAGAGCUGGAGAGAGCGGCUCUGGAGAGAGAGACAGCCAGAGAUCUGACAAUAUCAGCCUCUUUAGAUCUUGCACAAAUCACCGGUGCAUCAAGUCAGGAUGCUGUUCUGCUCCCCGAGGAGGAUUUGGGGCUGCCCAUGGAGAUGCCUGUGAUAGAAGAAAGAGAAAAGACCCCCGUAUCCGCGCCUGUGCCCAUACCAUCACCUCCACCUGAAGAGGAAACAGGGGUUGAACCAAGGAGACAGCAGGCGGUGGGAGAAAGAAGCCCUCGUCUAGAGGCUGCUGUACUGAGCCCUGAACCAGAGGUGAAGAAGAGGAGGAGGAGGCAGCUGCUCUUCGUGGAUGAAUAUACACAGAUUUCUCAGGACGAAAUGAGGGCCCGCAUUAAUGACGUGGAGACGAUGACCAGGCCUCUGGAGUCCAUCAUCCCACCAUCCAUUCAGAAGAAGGAUGCCAGAGAACUGCUCACAAACCCUUGCAUGAGUCUUCCUCCUGAAAUCCUGACUCUAUGGAAACAGGCGGCCGUGGUGAAGCCUAUCCCUCCAUCCGAGCAGCGCUGGGAGAUUCCUGAGGCUGAAGAAACACUAGAGCGAGAGGAGGAGGAAUGCCCACAACCACCAGAGCCAGAAGUGGACCAAGAGAUCAGCUCAACAGAGAUUCCUAGAGAAAUGGCGGAGCCUGAACUCUUCCAGCAAGAAACCCCAGCCUCCUUAGUGGAAUUGGAGACGACAGACAGGGAUGUUUCUCCAUCUGUGACGCCUGAAAUGAGACGAUCUCCUGUUCCAGAAAUUCAGUUCGGUCUGGAGGAUAUACCAGAGGAAAGGGUGCCGGAGAUGGAAGAUAUUACAAUGGAUGUAGAAGAGUUAAGGCCCGAGGAUGUACAUGGAGAUUUGGCGACCUUUGAGUCUCUGCUGCCCCCUCAGGCCAGCCGGAGAAUUGUGGCCCAAAUGUUUUGGAGGUUGCUUGAGGAAACGGUUGCGGGGCAGGUGACAGUGCGACAGGACGAGCCGUACGGUGACAUCAUCAUUGCACAGCUAUAG